CUCUUCGUUUCGAUUCGCUUGGAGCUUUGCUUUGCUUCCGAUUUGGGGUGGGGUUGGGUUGGUCGGUCUCGAGCUGCAGCUUCUCCUCUUCGGGGGAAGGAAGGGUUUGGGUUUCUUGGGUCAAUGGGGGAGCGGUACGAGGCGUUGAAGGAGCUCGGCACCGGCAACUUCGGGGUGGCCAGGUUGGUCAGGGACAAGACGAGCAAGGAGCUCGUCGCCGUCAAGUACAUCGAGAGGGGCAAGAAGAUUGAUGAAAAUGUGCAGAGGGAGAUCAUCAAUCAUAGGUCACUCCGGCAUCCCAAUAUCAUUCGGUUUAGGGAGGUAUGUUUGACACCCACACACCUCGCCAUUGUCAUGGAGUAUGCUGCUGGUGGAGAACUCUUUGAGCAAAUCUGCACCGCAGGGCGGUUCAGUGAAGAUGAGGCAAGGUACUUCUUCCAGCAGCUAAUAUCAGGUGUCAGCUACUGCCAUUCCAUGGAAAUUUGUCACCGUGAUCUUAAGCUUGAGAACACCCUCCUGGAUGGAAGCCCGACACCUCGUGUGAAAAUUUGUGACUUUGGUUACUCAAAGUCUGCUUUGUUGCAUUCCAAACCAAAAUCUACAGUUGGUACUCCAGCAUACAUAGCGCCAGAAGUUCUUUCAAGAAAAGAAUAUGAUGGCAAGGUAGCAGACGUUUGGUCAUGUGCUGUGACACUGUAUGUGAUGCUCGUCGGUUCAUACCCAUUCGAAGAUCCCGGGGAUCCAAGGAACUUCCGCAAAACGAUCAGUAGAAUUCUUGGCGUGCAAUACUCCAUCCCGGAAUAUGUGAGAGUGUCUUCUGACUGCAGGCGCCUUCUGUCUCAAAUAUUUGUUGCUGAUCCUUCAAAGAGGAUCACGAUCCCUGAGAUAAAGAAUCACCCAUGGUUUCUGAAGAAUCUGCCGAAGGAGAUAUCGGAGAGGGAGAGUGCCAACUACGAGGACACGGACGCCGGCCCGCCGGCGCAGGCCGUCGAGGAGAUCAUGCGGAUCAUCCAGGAGGCCAAGGUCCCCGGCGACAUGUCGGCCGCCGACCCGGCGCUCCUCGCCGAGCUCGCCGAGCUGAAGAGCGACGACGAAGAGGAGGCCGACGAGCUCGCCGCCGAUGAGUACACCUACUGACCGAGCGACUGAUCCGUUCUGCAUGCAUCCAUGCAUGCAUGCAUGCAUGGUCCUGGCCUUGCUAUGCUGCAGGUCUGCAGCUGUAGAUAUGAUCCGAAAUAUAUGUGAUCAGUUGAUCACUCAACCAAAUGAUAUGUAUUACGAUGAUAAUCUGCCGUAUGUACUGUGUUUAUUGGACCGGAUUAUCCUGCGGCUACGUGCACAAUAAAGAAAAAAGUUGAAUAUGUUUUUUUAUCACGGUACAAGCGUGCGUGCAGGUUUCACGGCAGAAAAAAAAAAAGCUGCUCGUGUUUGUUUGAUGCAAUAAGAUAAGUGAUCGACAAU